CUAACCAACACCACAGAGCAAUGUAUGAACAAGCUCUCCCAAAACCCAAAGCAUCUCUUGCCUUAGAAAUACUUUAGGGAUACUGAACCUGGAGGUAAUAACUUAGGGAGUAUGUAUCUUGAAAGGAAAGAAUGAGUUGGGACAGGAGUGUGGCAAGGAAAAACCAGUGGAGUGAGGGGACUGCGGGCCACCAGUCAAAGAAAAACAGGUUCAACAAAUUUUGGUAUUUAGGGAGAAGUUUAUUUUUUCAAUGAUAGUGAGGAUUACAUGGAGAACAAACUUCAACAGAAAAGUGACAAGCUAUCCAAUCAAAUAAAUUAAAUACUAGUUCUAAACCAGAAAUGGACAGGGACAAAGUAUUUGGACAUACCUUUCUUUCAAUAGACUGAACACCAUUCUAUCAACUUCAUGUAUUAAAAAAAUGCUCAGGAUUUCUAUUUCCAUAUUUUCUAUCACAACAUGGGUUUUUCUUUCUCUUGUUCAAACCUUGAAAAAUUUCCACUCAAGUGCCUCACAUACCACUCUCACACCAGUUGUUCUUUCACACACCAUAAAUUCAAACUGCCAACAUCCAAAUCCCUCUCUCCUCACCUUUCUUUUCUUUAUCCUUGCGUAGCACUGAUGAGACAAAAGAGAUCCAACUCCAUCAAAUUAAAAAUACUUUUCCUUUGUCACAAUUGCUGUAGGCAUUACUACUUUGGCCAGGACUGACUGGAAUCAUGUUACUGAGAACAGAACCUCCUUUGUGAAAAGGCUCUUGGCUUCCCCACCCCUUCUGCAUAUAGCGCACAAAUAUUUGUGUGCACCAAAGGACAUGGUUUAAGGAGCUGUGCUGGUUACCAGAGGGUUUGGGAUUAAUUAAUUCCUGACGCUCACUGUAUUGUUAAAUUUAACAGACUGUUAAAUUUAAUGCCUACUUGCAUUCUACGUGUAGGCAAACAGGGCAUCCUGUGACUCUUGAGACUCUAGAUGGAAUAAAAACUAGUAUUGUAUUGCAACUUCUUCUUAUCCUUCCUCACAUUUUCUUUCUAGGAAUAGUAUUCACUAAAGAAGAAAAUACCCAUAUCAGCUAGUUGUAGCAAAAAGGAGAUACUAUUUAGGAUAUCUUAUAUUCUUUUUAAUAUUUUGAAUAAUUUUCACUGUUUUGACAGUGAAAGAACUUGAAACCAAUGGUAGCAUCUUUUUUAGUGUUAUGAAACUAUGAUGAGUACCUCUCAAAUUCUGUACACCACCACAGAGUUAGAGGGGAAAAAAGAAACAGAAUGAAACAAAGAGCUUUAGUUGUCUUCAACUUUCAUGUGCACGUCUUAGUUAGUAAGCAAUCAAGCUGAGCAAUUCAUCAUUAGCAAUCUAGUUUGGCUGCCAUGGAAUACAGCAUACAUACUAACAUUUCUUCUUAAAAAUCUAAAUGGUAAAUAUAAGAAAGCUAGACAAAACUAAGCAACUUUUGUGAUUCUUUUUUUUUUUUUUUCUCCUGCCUCUUCCUGGUGUUUUAAGCCCUUUGUAAAUCUUAACUUUUAAGUUUUGAUUCUCAAACCAUUUAAAGUUUGGUUUUCUUUACUUUCCCUUUUCUAUUUUUAUUUCCCUUUCUCUCUCUUCUUUCUUCCUGAAAUUUCAGUAAUUUUCAGGCAACAAACCUCUUCAGGGUGAAUGUGAAUUUCUUCCUAGAGAUUUGGGAAAGGUCACUAAGAAAAGCAAAAUAAUAAAUGCCCCAUUGAGGUAUUCCCAGCGAGACAUGUACUGCUGGUGGAAAGCUUAUGGAUCCACAGCUGAAAAAGUGUGAAACACGCAGCUUUACUCCCUUAUACACAAAGCGCUUCCUUUAGAAUCGAUUGGACUACACGGGGAAAGGGCCCCGGGAGAUGCACUGUGACUUUUCAGGAAUGAAACCCACAUGUUUGGCCAAGCAACCAAAAGAAUUCAUCUCUGGAUAGCGACAGCCUUACGGUGCGCCCGAGGGAGGGGACGCGCCGCGGCCCGCGGGGCCCGGACCAGAGGACGCUGCUCCAGCCCCACCCGGCCUCUGGAUCCCUUGGCCGCCUCCCCCCGCUCCGGCACCGCCACACGCCAGGUGACAGGAGCCGCUCUCGGCCCGCCCUCCCUCCUUUCCUUCCCUCCCCUCACGCCGCCAUUCGGCCCCUCUUCCCGCCACCCGCUCCCCUCCCCCGCGCCAAUGUGGAGGCCGGGGAGGGGGCGGCAGGGCCGGCCGCGCCAGCCGCCACCACUCGCGGGCCUGGCCCUCGCCCCCCCGGCGAGGUUCGAACCGCCCGCCUCCCGCCCAAGGGACGGGGGCGGCCGCCGGGGGCCGGCCAGCGCUGACGGCAGCGGAGCCAGGCGCAUCUACCGCUCCCUCAGGGCACCGAGAUAGGCAGAGUGUAUUUAUGUAAGGGGAGGCCGGGGUAGGAGAGACAAAAUGGUCUCUGAGCACGGCGGAGCAGCGCCGGGGCGGCCUGAGGGAAGGGCAGCGGCCGCCGCAGGGCUGGGGCGGCCCCGGGUCCCGGCACAGCCUCACAGCGCGGUGGGUGCUGCGGUCCAAGAGUCCGGGGAAGCCCACGU